AGGUAAUGUUAAUGUCUCGGUAACUUGAUAAUUUUAUGUCGAGUGUAUUACCGAGAUAUUGGAUGCUCUUCUUCGUAACGUAACGCAUAAAAAUUUGAUGAGAUUUUUUAGUAUUACGAGGAUCUUCCUGCAUAUUAAUUUUUCACCAUGAAACAUGGGGAGAAAUUUGUCAGAUGGGAGAAAAGUAACCUAGUGGCAUUUUGUUAGGUUGGGAGCUAUUGAUAAUUUGUAUUGAGUCCACCAUAAUUUAAAAUACAUUCAAAGUACAUUUCAAAUUACACAUGGGAUAAUGCAAUUCAAGAAAGCAUUGUAAAGUUACUAUAAUUAUAAUCGUAACGUAGUAUCGUUGAACUACGAUUAGAAGAAUUGUAAAUAGAACGAAAUUUCAGACUUGCAAAAGGACUUUAUUAUUAAUAUGACAUACUAUGAAUGUUUUUGUAUAGAAAUGAAAUUCAUUAUGAAGCCUGUGUGUGACGUGAAGGAUUGUAUUGUGGUCAUAAAUGUUUGUUGUAAAUUUAGAUGACAAUGGACGAUGAAAUAAUGAAAUUAGAUUUAUACGAAAUUAUUGGAACGACGAUAACAGCUGAUGAAAGUGAGAUUAAAAAAGCUUAUAGGAAAAAAGCAUUAAGCUGUCAUCCUGAUAAGAAUCCAAAUAAUCCUAAAGCUGCUGAAUUAUUUUUGCAACUUACAAGAGCAUUAGAAAUCUUAACCGAUGUUGCUGCAAGGGCUGCUUAUGAUAAAGUUAUCAAUGCAAGAGCCCAGGCAAAAGCGAGGGUCAAGGAACUAGAUGCUAAAAGAAGAAAAUUUAAAGAUGAAUUGGAAGCACGCGAAGAGGCUUUUAAAAAAUCGCAAACUACAGAUUAUGCGUCGGCUAAAAGUGACGAAGACAAGUUAAAAGCUGAAAUAGAGAGAUUAAAGAAAGAAGGUUCUAGAUUAGUUGAAGAAGAGAAAAUACGUUUAAAACAAAAAAUAAUCGACGAUUUACGAAAUGAAAAUUCUGGUAAUUGUUACAGUGAAGACGAAUGUCGAGUAAAAAUUAAAUGGAAAGUGGCUGCUGACGAUGUGAAUAAUGGAGGUUAUGAUUAUGAUAAUCUGCACAGAUUUUUAUCAAAGCAUGGUGAUAUUUCAGUAUUAGUGUUAUCAACUGCUAAAAAAGGUAGAGCCUUGGUCGAGUAUACAAGUGGAAAAGCUGCACAAUCGGCAGUAAACUAUGAAAAAGGAUUAGUGACCAAUCCUCUCAAAUUAGAAGGAGUAUGGGAAAAGAAUAAAACAAAACAUAAAACUUACAUCAAUACAAAUACAUUAUUUACUGGAAUUAAUUUAUUUCCUUCGGCCGAAGGAUCAAUGAAUACAAAUAGAAAUCAUGUUUCACAAGGUCUCAGUUUUUCCUCUGCACCGGACAUAUUUAAUACUCGAUCUAACAACGAUUCUGAUUUAGAAACUAUAAUUUUAAAUAAUUUGAGAAGGGCAGAAGAACGUAAAAAAUUAAUAGAGCAAAUGCAAGCUGAAGAUGAAGGAACAUAA